AUGGAUGAUUUAUAUUGUUGUAUACGUAUUAUGAAAAUUUCAACAGAAAAAUUACAAUCAACACGUUAUUCAGAAUCAUUACAUCGUACAUCAUUAAUUCGUUCGACUUUUUUACAAUCACGCAAACAUUUUUCUGAUUUACUUUAUUCAUUUAUUAAAAUUUCAUCAACAACAAAUACAUUUCUACCGGUUAUAAUACAAAAUGAACAUUUUUUACCCUAUGAACAAACAAUUGAUACAUUAAAUAAAUCAUCAAAAAAACGUAAAUCAUGUCAUAUUGAUACUGUUAAACGAUUACGAAUAACAUCAACAUAA